ACUACACCUCCCAUCAUGCACCCGGGCCCCAAGGUGUCAGGCUCAGCCUGAGGCCUGAGACCCGGGCCGACCCCCGGGAGCCGGCAGGGGUCAGGCAGGAGGAGCAGAGCGCCGGGGGACUUCUGCGCUCCCGGCCCACCCCUGAGGUCGCGGACCCCCAUCACGUAGCGGGCCUCUCGAUCCCUGGCCCGUCCUCGGCACCGCCACAUUGGGCCUAAUAUGGCCGCUCGUGCUGGGACCCGCCAGGUUCGCAGAGAUCCGGGCCGAGGUCCAAGGCCAGGGACUGCUCCCGGCAUUCCUCGCGGGCGUGGCGUAGGCUCCCCUCGCCGAUCUCCAGGUCCCGCGAGUGGGAGACCCUCGGGCUUUGAGUGAUUGCAGGUAGCAUGGCCCAGGCCUUGAUUGAGGUGGAGCGGAAGUUCAUUCCUGGCCCUGACACAGAGAAGCGGCUGCAGGAGUUGGGGGGCACCCUGGAGCACCGGGUCACCUUCCGGGACAGCUACUAUGAUACCCCUGAGCUGAGCCUCAUGCGGGCUGACCACUGGCUGCGACAGCGAGAGGGUAGCGGAUGGGAGCUCAAAUAUCCGGGCGUGGCAGUGGUCGCAGGACCUCACACUGAGUAUGUGGAACUCACAGUUGAGCCUGCAAUUGUGGCCCAGCUCUGUGAGGUGCUGGGGGCUGACAUCCUGGGGGCUGGAAGUGUGGCUGUUGUGCUGGGCCCACUGGGGCUGCAGGAAGUAGCUAGUUUUGUGACUAAGCGUAGUGCCUGGAAGCUGGUGCUAUCCGGAGCUGAUGAAGAGGAGCCUCCGCUCAGGGUGGACCUGGAUACAGCCGACUUUGGCUACGCUGUGGGUGAGGUAGAAGCCCUGGUGCACGAGAAGGCUGAGGUCCCAGCUGCCCUAGACAAGAUCAACAGCCUCAGCAGCAUGCUCGGUGUGCCGGCGCAGGAGACAGCACCUGCCAAGGUGAUCAUGCACCUACAGCGCUUCCGGCCUCAGGACUACCAGCACCUGCUAGAAGUAUACAGCCCCAGGGAGAGGCCACAGGGGACUAAAGCUCCAGACAGCAGCUUGGGUUAGGGUGUCACUUCCUCAACAGCAAAGAGAACUCUGGGUCUAACAGGGGUCCUUCCUGAGCACACUGUGCCUCUUCCCCUGGCCUCUUCCCCACAGUGACUCCUCUCUCUCUAGCUCUGCCUGUUCUUUCACCUUACCCUCAGCUAUCCUUCCUUGAGCCCUCCCUGGCUGCCCCCUCCCUCAUCCGUCAGAUGCAAUCUGUGGGCCGCCCCUCUCCCCUGGCCGCUAAGCAGCCUCCAUUGAUUUCCGCUCGUGUUUAUAGGAUUUCCACUUAGCCGUGAUCAGUAGUUAAGCACAGGAAAAUCCCUUGCCACCCCCCCCUCCCUUGGUCGAUGCCAUUGAUUCUGCCAGCGCCUCCUAAACCGCCUGACAGCUGAGUUAGAGAUGAGGGGAGGCAGCAGGAAAUUCCCUGCCUUGGGGUGUGGGGAAUAGCAGCAGGUUGGGGAAGUGGGUGGGAAUCCCUUUUAGACAUCUGGAAGUUCUGGUUUCACUUUGCUACUGUGCCCUACUCUGGCCCAGAUGGUAGAGUGCCUCCUGUGGAGGUUUAGGGGCAAAUCUGCUCCCCAACCUGGAGACGGUAAAAAGAGCCCUUCUUUGUUGAAACAAGUUCCUAAGGCUCAAGGGAAGAUACAGACAUCCUGGAUAAGACGACUCUUCCCCGGGCGCCGCGGUGGCUCAGUUGGUUAGGUGUCUGCCUUCGGCUCGGGUCAUGAUCCAGGCUCCUGGGAUGGAGCCCCGCGUCAGGCUCCCUGCUCGGUGGGGUGUCUGCUUCUCCCUCCCCCUCUGUGAUCUCUCUUGCUUUCGUUCUCUCAAAUAA